CGACGUCACUUCCGGGUGACUGUCUGGGGGUUUCCGGGAGGGGCCUCCAGGAAGGGUCCUCGUUGGUCGAGGGUGGGGGCCGGUGAAGCGGGGGUUUCGCGGUCCUGUCCUCCUUACGUUCGGCACCUGGGGCUCGGCGCCGCCAUGGACAGUGGGGGGCGGCCCUCGCUGGGCCAGGUUAUCCUCCUGGGCACUAGCUCCGUCGUCACCGCCAUCCUGUACUCGGUGUACCGGCAGAAGGCCCAGGUCGCGCAAGAGCUCAAGGGAGCUAAGAAAAUCCACUUGGGUGAAGAUUUAAAGAAUAUUCUUUCAGAAGCACCUGGAAAAUGUGUGCCUUAUGCUGUUAUCGAAGGAGCUGUGCGAUCUGUUAAAGAAACACUCAACAGCCAGUUUGUGGAGAACUGCAAGGGGGUGAUUCAGCGGCUGACGCUUCAGGAGCACAAGAUGGUGUGGAAUCGAACAACCCACCUUUGGAAUGACUACUCAAAGAUCAUCCACCAGAGGACUAACACGGUGCCCUUUGAUCUGGUGCCACACGAAGAUGGUGUGGAUGUGGCUGUCCGAGUGCUGAAGCCCCUGGAGUCAGUGAAUUUGGGUUUAGAGACUGUGUACGAGAAGUUCCACCCCUCAGUCCAGUCCUUCACGGAUGUCAUUGGCCACUACAUCAGUGGUGAGCGGCCCAAAGGUAUCCAGGAGACUGAGGAGAUGCUAAAGGUGGGGGCCACCCUCACUGGGGUUGGAGAACUCGUCCUGGACAACAACUCGGUCCGCCUGCAGCCCCCCAAACAAGGCAUGCAGUACUAUCUGAGCAGCCAGGACUUUGACAGCCUGCUGCAGAGGCAGGAGUCGAGUGUCAAGCUCUGGAAGAUCCUGGCCCUGGUGUUUGGCUUUGCCACGUGUGCCACCCUCUUCUUUAUCCUCCGGAGGCAGUACCUGCAGUGGCAGGAACGCCUGCGCCUGGAGCAGAUGCAGGAGGAGUUCCGGGAGCGUGAGGCCCAGCUGCUGAGCCAAGCCUCGCCGGAGGACAGGGAGAGUCUCAAGAGUGCCUGUGUCAUGUGUCUGAGCAGCUUCAAGUCCUGUGUCUUUCUGGAGUGUGGCCAUGUGUGUUCCUGCCAUGAGUGCUACCGUGCCUUGCCAGAGCCCAAGAAAUGCCCCAUCUGCCGGCGGAAGAUCACCCGGGUGGUUCCCCUGUACAAUAGCUAACAGCCUUGCGGCCACACAGGUGAACCUGGAAGCAGCUCCCCCUCCUCAGGGAGUUUGUCCUGAGCCCUCUAGAAGAGCUGCAGUGGGGACUGCUGUACAUCCAGGGGUGACUGAGCCAGAACUGUCCAGACCCACACCUCUACCAGCAGGGCCGUUGCCUUUCCAGCCCAGAGCAGGUUGGGGAGCCCCGCUCUGCGUGGAAGCCGUGGCUGGCAUCUCUUCCUGAGAAGCAGAUUGAUGUGGGGGAGACUGGAAGGACCCCAUUGCCUGAGCACCAGUGCUCUCUUGGACCUCACUGGGGAUGUUGAUUGCUGUGGCUCUGGGAGGAAAGGCUGGGCCCUGAGGGCCUCGCAGAGCUGCCUUUGGGGAUGCUCUUCUGUAGCUUUUCUUCUUUUGCUUCCACCCAGAGAAAAGGUCUUCCUUCAGAAUUGUCAGGCUGGACCAGUCACUUGUGUCCCUUUCUCCUCAACUCCUGGCCUAAAUGUGUGCACAUGUGUAAGAGGACAAAGGAAGUGAGGUCAGCCCCUCUGCCUCUGCCCAAACAGGUGGGCCACAGAUGAGCAGAAAGACAAGAAGGGUCUUGAGGGGUGAUUGUCAGCCCUUCUAGUGUCCCCUGACCCAGGAAGGUCCUGCCGAGAGCACACCUCCGUCCUGAUGCGGAGCUCCUGCAGCUUGCAGGGCCCCGGGCAGCUCAGGUUUCCCAGCUGGGAGAUGAGCCAGGGAGCCGACCUGAAGGAAGCAACAAGGACAUUGCUGAGCUGGCCUUCUGGCUCUUGUAGCUUCUUCGGUCGCUUUCACCAAGGAAAAGUAGCCAGCACCCAGAGCACCCAGCUGUUCAGGGCUGCUUUCUGUCCCUGGCCUGUGGCAGAGGUAACAUCCCAGGGGGGCAGUCACAUUUCUUGGCUGUGUCACCCUUCACCCCCUUCCUGCCCCUGUUGAGCCUGUGAGUACAAGAGAAGUUGGGGACCACCCUUCUCCACCUCUGAGUGGCCAAAAAACGUAGCUCUUUUUAUUGUCCCUCCCUGUCCUUGACUCUCCAUCCUCCUUUGUGUAGGGGAUGGGGUGGUCUCAGGGGCCUGACACUAGUAUCACACAGUGUCAGUGUGCACAGCACAAAUUAAACAUACUGCAACCAUG